AUGGAAACAAGAACAUCACGUGUACAUUCAUCUUCGUCAUCAUUGUCACGUUCUCGUUCACCAAUAUCAAAUAAUGAAAAACGUAGUGUUUCAACAUCACCAAGACGAGGACCAUCAACACCAGUUAAAUCUUUAAUAGAAAGAAACGAUAGUAAUGAUGAACAAGAUCCGAAUGAUCGUGAACUUUUGCCAUUAGAUGAUGAUUCUAAAGCAAUAGUUGAUGAGAUAUCAUCACCAAUAAUGUCAGAUAAUGAUCAAAGUCAUCAAAAAAAACGAUCACGUCAUCGACAUCAUCACCAUCAUCGUAAACAUUCGAAAUCAAAUAAACGUUCAGCAACAUAUCAACAUCGACAUUCAGUUAAAAGAAGUAAAAAAGAAACAGUAUCAACAACACAUCGGAAUAAAUCAAAUGAUGAAAAUCUUAUUAGUUCACCAGAAAAGAAUUCAAGUGAAAGUCAACAAUCAAAAUCAGACCAAGAAAUGUCGUCAUCAGAUAACGAGUCAAAUAAUGAAGAAGGAAUUGUUGAAGGUGAUAGUACGCCGAAUGAACGUCAUAGUCGUCAUCAUCGUAAAAAACAUCGUUCAUCAUCAAACAAUGAAAAAAAUAGUCAAAGUCCUGAAUCAUCAUUAUUUGCUAUACCUAAAAACAACAAAGGUACACAAUUAAUAGUCAAUUAUUUACCAGCAUCAUUACGUGAAUCUGAUUUUUAUCAAUUAUUUGCUCGUAUUGCACCAAUUAAAUUAUGUAAAUUAAUAACUGAUCGUUAUACAGGUCAAUCAUAUUGUUAUGGUUUUAUUGAAUAUCAUGCAAAAGAAGAUGCCAUAAAAGCUAUUGAAAAAUUUAAUGGAUAUAAAAUUGAACAUAAAAAGUUAAAAGUUUCAUAUGCUCAACCAAAGUCAAAUAAUAAUUAUGAUUUAGAUAAUGAUCAACAUAUAAAUUUAUCAUCACCAUCAUCAACACAAAAAAAUCCUAAUAUAUAUAUAACUGAAUUACCAGAUAAUUUUGAUGAAAAAAUGUUAGAACGUCUUUUUUCAAAAUAUGGUGAAAUUGUCCAAACGAAAGUUUUACGUGAUCCACGUACAAGAAUAUCACGUGGUGUUGCUUUUGUUCUUAUGACAUCAACACGUUAUGCUGAACGAGCUGUUAAAGCACUUGAUGGUUAUGUACCAUCAGGUUCACAUACGCCAAUAUCUGUUAAAUAUGCUGAUCUAAAAAAAACAGUAGCAGUUGCAGGGACAUCAUCAGGGAACAAUGGUAACCUUAGUUCAUCAUCUCGUUUAUCAAGUUCAUCAUCAAUGACACCAACUAUUGGAUCAUACGGAUAUGCACCAGGAUUACCACCAUUGAGUAUGAUAGAUCCAUAUUAUGCAGCAGCUCUUCAUCAUCAUCAUCGAGCAGCAAUGAACAUGAGAGAUUUAAGUCCAUCACCACCACCUCUACAGUCAUAUUAUAGUAGUGGAUCUAAUCGUUCUUCUCGAAUGCGUGGUUCAUCGCCAAAUUUACCACGUUCAUAUUCCUCGUCAUCAUCAAAACACAAUUCAAAUAUUCUAACAGCAACAAGUAAUCUUAAUACGUCAUCAACACUUGCUGCUGCUUAUGAUCUUAUAGCUAAAGGUUGUCAACAAGCUAUUGAUCCCAAUGGUUUUGUAAUAUAUGCAUUCGGUUUACCACAUGAUUGUGAUGAAAAUGACUUAGACGAAUUAUUUCGACGUUAUGGCGAAGUUUAUCGUGUAUAUAUUGUAAGAAAUUAUACAACAGGUGAAUCAAAAGGAUAUUCAUUUAUAACAAUGCGUAAUUAUGAUGAAGCAUGUCAUGCUGUUGAUCGCCUUGAUGGUACAACAUUUCAAGGUCGAACAAUUCAAGUACGAUUUAAACAAUAA